AUGGCAGGCGCAUGCAGCGGAAAGGUUCUCACAAGUGGUAAAAAACCUUUCUUAGAUGAGGAUGAUAUUCAGAAGUUUCCUUAUUUUAAAGCAGUGAUAAAAGAGACACUCAGAUUGUACCCACCAGCACCGUUGCUUGUACCAAGAGAAACAAGGGAAAAAGUUACGAUAGAUGGUUACGAAAUUCCAGCGAAGACAAUGAUAUAUGUGAAUGCUUGGGCUAUUCAUAGAGACCCUGGGGCUUGGGAAGAAGCAGAAGAGUUUAUACCAGAGAGGUUUUUAAACAGCACUGUAGAUCUUCGUGGACAAGAUUUUUGUUUCAUUCCGUUCGGUGCUGGUCGUAGAAUGUGCCCAGGUUUGAAUAUGGCUUUUGCUACAUUGGAUGUUGUACUUGCUAACCUUCUUUGUUCCUUUGACUGGGAAUUGCCGGAAGGAAUGAAGAGCGAAGACAUUGACACAGAAGCGUUACCGGGACUUUCACAGCAUAAGAAGAAUCCUCUGUGUGUCUUGGCCAAGUGCCAAAUGUGAAUCCAAAAGUUCUAAUAUGUGAACUGUAGAAAAUAUUAAAAUAAGAUAUUAGUAGUAAAAGAAGUAAU